AAGUCGCUCACACACACACACACAUAAAAAGAAACUAAAAAUGGUUAGGGUUUCAGUUUUAUCGUGUUUGUUUUUGUUGGUUAUAAUCAUGGUUAGUGUAUCAUUUGCCGAAAACAAUGAAGUGAAAUCGACUGAUUUGAAGAAAGUCCAAGGACAAGAAACUGAUCAGUCGAUCACUACGGUAAAUGAUAACGGUGAGCAUGAUGAUGACCACGAUCAAGAUCAUGACAAUGAUAAUGACGAUGAACAUGAUAAUAGCCACGAUCAUGACAAUGAUGAUGACGACGAUCACGACGAUGAUGAUGAUAACGAUCAUGAUCAUGACAAUGACAAUGAUCAAGAUAAUGAUCAUGAAGGUGAUGAUGAUAACGAUAAGGAUGAUCAUGACAAUGAUAAUGAAGGUGGUGAUGAUAGCGAAGAUAAUGAAAAGGAGACAUUGGGGGUAUACGAGCUAAAGAAGGGGAGUCUCACUGUCAGAUUUACAAAUCGCGGUGCUUCUAUCAUCUCUCUCCUUUUCCCCGAUAAAAAUGGAAAGACAGAGGACGUCGUUCUUGGGUAUGAUAGCGUCAAUGAGUACAUGAAUGAUACUGUAUUUUUUGGAGCGACUGUGGGACGUGUAGCCAAUACAAGAGAAAAGACCGUUGCCAACGAUGCUGAAAACACAAUUCAAGGUGGGAAGAAAGGGUUUGGUCAUGCGAUUUGGAGAGUUGCAAAACACAGAUAUAAUGGCAAGAAAGCUUAUAUUGUUUUCACCUACACAAGUCCUGAUGGCGAUCAAGGAUUUCCGGGGAGACUAGACGUCACCGCGACGUAUACGUUGGUCGGAGAAAACCAACUAAAAUUGGUGAUGGAAGCAAAGGCUAGAGAGAAAGCAACUCCUGUGAAUUUAGUUCAUCAUUCUUAUUGGAAUCUUGGUGGUCAUAGCAAUGGUGAUAUAUUGUCUGAAGAAAUUCAAAUUCUCGGUUCCGGUUAUGCUCACGUCGACGAUAAUCUCAUCCCCACCGGAAAAAUCCUCUCCGUUAAAGGAACAUCAUACGAUUUUCUCAAACUCCGACCUAUUAAAGAUAACAUCAAUGAGAUUAAGCUAGGGCACGGUAUAAAUUAUUGUCUAGACGGUGUUGCUAACCAGAUGAGAAAAGUCGUGGUGCUUGUGGACAAAAAAUCGAAGAGGAAAAUGGAGUUAUCUACAGACCAGUCAGGUCUGAAGUUCUAUACUGGAGGAAGCUUGAAGACAAUGAAAGGAAUAAACGGAUCGGUUUAUAAAGCUUACUCCGGUUUAUGUUUAGAAACACAAAGUUUAUCCAGUGCAAUCAGUAAUCAGUAUCUUCCUUCGCAGAUAGUUAAACCGGGUGGAAAAUAUAAGCAUACUUUGCUCUUUAAGUUUUCUAUUGUUCCCUAAACUUUGUAACUUUCUGGAAGCUUAUAUGACCAGAAACAUAAUAAAAAUCAAAAACUUAAUUAUAUCAAUUUGAUGCGACGUGUGUGCUUAUAUAUAUAUAGGCGUUUACGUAAAAUUAAGUAGAAGGUAAAAUUAGUUUUGAUGUUCCAUUAACUAGUAUAUAUGCUUUUUUUUGUCUGAUUAAUUAUGCUAUUAGAAAUUAUAAAAAAUAUUACAUAGACGAUAUGAUAGACUUGAUCUUCAGCAUGGUGCAAGGAGUACCGUCAGGAAUGGAUUUCAUAGGUCUAUUCAGGAUGAUGCAGUCAGACGUGAAUACUCAUAAGGCAUGUAGAAUUGCAGGCUUUAACUAGUAUAUGCUAUAAAUACAAUUUUUUAAAUUAGAUGACUUCAGCAAAUUUUUUUUUUUUUUGCGAAAUAUAUUGAUAACCAACUAAAUAUGAGCAUCAGAGUCAAUACAAUAGGCUGACCAUCAAUUUAAGGUUCUAUGUGCAUACUAUUAUUAGUCACAGAUUAUGGUAUAAAAUACCCUAAAACAUGAAAGACAAGAACUAACAUCUCUUCUCGCCUCUUUUCCUUUAACAAACUAUUUGGAAUCUAAUUUCAAAUUCAACUAUUUGAAAUCUAAUUUCAAAUUGGUUGUUAAGGGAAAGUUGAGCUCUAGUCAUGGCAAAGAUCGCCUUGUUGCUUUUCGUCAUGGCCAUUCUGGUCUCUCUCCACGCUAAUGAAGCUCACCACCGUAAGGGAGAUCCAGCGCCUGAAAAAGACUUAACAGCCAAGAAAAAGAGCAUUCAAGGUUUGACAUCUGAGGUGAAACCGUUGAGCAAAUCUGAACAGGUGCUGAAUAAUAACCUUGAAAAAGAUCACAAUAAAAAAAAAGUGCUUUCAAAAAAAGAUCAGAAGAAGAAAUUAGAUUCAAUGGCUUAUGCACAGAAACUUAGAAGAUUCCGCAGAGUUACUAAAAUCAAGAGAGCACCUGCGAGAAAGAGGAAAUCUGAAUCCAUAAUCCAAUCGAUCUUGCAUGAUUUUGGAUUAAACGGAGGGAGAAACUGACGAAAAAUAACAAUUAGGGUUUGAUUCAUAUUGAUGACUUUAUAAAGGAUGUUUGAACCUGGUCAUGGAUUCUAGCUUUACAAGUGAAUGGAGAAAAUAAUUUCCCCAUAUUAUAUUAUUUACAUCAUAUUGUAAUUGAUAUAAUUUAAUGAAAUAUUACUACUUUUUUUAACGCUGAAUAAUUAUACUAUUACAAUUAUGAAAAAUAUUACAGACGAUUUUACCGCCGACAAUUCUAUUCACACUUGACUAGCGAUUUUUUUUAUUAUUGAUGAUAGUUUUCUAUUAUAAUACAACUCGAUUAAGAGUUUGAGAUGGGUUUACGACUAGUAUGGAACCAUAUCAAUCUAUAAUAAUAAUUUGGAGUUUUCUCCCACCUCAAGCAGCCACGUCCUCAAGGAGAGGGGUGCUUUUCUUGACACGUGUCAAUUCGCUGUGGUAUGUGUGUUUGUCACGCGUUUCUUUUUAUUAUAGAUUUCUUACGCUCACGCGCGUUGCGUUUUGUUGCGUGAAGUGCUAUGGACUCAACUUGGGUUUCGUCUAUAUUUUUAUAAAUUGAGCCCACCAGUCAUUAUUUAUCGGAAGCCCUCUAUUGGACAUUUAUAAAACGUGCAGGCCCAGAUUGUGGUUUUAAAGCCCGUGACAUAAGUUAUUUUUUCUGAUUCAUUAAAGUUAGGGCAACAGUCAACUGCUCAUUUGUCGUCUCCUGUUACCUUCGACCAUCGCCUGUAUGUAACGGAAGACUUAACGUUUUGCCUCCACUAUCCCCAGAUUUAUUGUUAGCUGUUAAUGAUUACAUUGAAGCUAAGCUCUGAAUCAACUUCCCAUCUUUCUAGCUUCCCUUCUUCUUCACCAUUUCAAACACUAUAUAUAUAAGCCUGCAGAAGAAGUCUCCGGACAGCUUUAUGUCUCGCUAUUUCUCUUUCAUAGCAUACUAUACUUUAGAGCGUAGACUAACCUAGCCAAUCCCCCAAAUAGGUAUGUCUGAGUUGAGGUCUGGGAGAUGUAAGGAUUACUUCAUGACCUGUGUCCUCGGUUUAUAGGAAACAAGAAAGUCAAUCUCCACCACUUUCAAACACCAUCUCUGAGAAGUCACCAGAAGUAAUCAUUACUUAAAACUGACCAUAUCACCUGUCUCUAUCCGCUUCACGCCUCAAACCAUCUUCGUCCAGGUUACUGAAACCAUUAACCAUAUCCCAUCAGAGGUCUUCAUGUUUCGUAACUAUGAGCAACUGAUGCUACUUGCUAAUACCAACCCUCUUUUACCAGGUCCGUAACAAAAAUAUUGGUUGGAUUGGAUACAUUUCUUAGACAAACAAACGCAAUGCCGUUUGGUACAAUUGUUGGUGAAGUUUUGGGCAUCAAAACCACAUACAACGAAUCAACGAUGAAACCGCAGACAAUUCAAAGGAUUAUGAUUAAUGCAUAUCUCCUCCACUCUGUCCCACAGACUGUGGAUUUCCUUUGCACUGGUUGAUGCUUCACUUCCUGCUUAUUGAUACUACAAAUGGUUGGUGCUUCACUUCUUGCUCGAAGUGCUCAAGAAGACAAGAAUGCUUCAACGUGGAUUCACAUCGUUCACAUGUUAAACUUGUCGUGUUUCAAAAUAAAAAAAAAAAAACUUGCCAUCAGGAAGCAGUUGGGGUCCUUAGGUACCUUAUCCAGUUCUCAGUCUCUGAUGGAGCUGAAACAACUGUCUUUGUGGCAUUUGAUAGAGAGAUGACAAAGCUAACCAAUGCACGUGCGGUAGACAUUGGCCAACUAAUUGUGUUGGGAAGCCAGAGCUAAUAACCAUCCCACAGUUAGUCAAAGACUUGGUUGGCAUCACUUUCAGUUUUCAGGAGAAGCUUUCACCGUUUAACUCGCCUCCAAGCAUCAGUCCUUAACCAUAUCACGGAUUUGUUACCGCAACCAGCGUUCACUACUACCAAACUUUGCAGAAAAUGCAAGUCUAACCAAGCUAAAUAUGUUCUCUCCUUAUGGUUAUAUAGAUUGUUCUGGUGUUGUAUGGUUCAUGCCGAGGGGGUGAUAAGAACAAUCCGGGAGAUCAUGGAGCUAGGGCUGUUUCAUCUAAGACGUCCAUAUGUGUCCAAAGUUGCCCCUGGUAUGGUACCUCAGCUGGGAUAGGUUCUUGUGGAGAUAUAGAAGGAGCAACAUCCUCAAAAAACUGUCAUGCCUGAUGAAUCUGUGAGUGGUGCCAUUCACAACUAUCGACUCUGCUGAUCUUUCGGAGGAAGGGGGCAACGGCAAGAAGCCACGCAAUGCUUAGCUUUCUAGCUCAGGGAGUUGGGAAACCCAAAUGCUCACAGAAGCUCACAUCCAUAGGAUUUUAGUUUACUUUUGUGCUACAAUAAAUUUGUUUAGGAUUUCGGUGAUAUCUUGAAUCAUGACAUCUCUGUUUUUUAUCUUCUCAUUUUCUUAGCUUUCAUACUACGUGACUUAUUGGGCCCCACUCCUUUUUAAUAAAAUUCCACUUCUCAUG